AUGGCCAGCCCUUUACGCAAGGACUUGCACAAGGUUUCUCCCAGUGUCUCAGGCACUUCAACUCCAAACAUGCAGAAGACGGACUCUGUGGUCAAUCUCACAAAGCCAUCGCUCUACGGCAUUUACAACACUUCGUCACUGAGCUUGAAUAAGGACAACGAAGAAGUGGAGGAGUACAUCGAAGGUAGCAAGCUACACAUCACUGCCAAAGAUGCCCACCCAGAGAGCUCCCAAUUGCAUCCUAAGCCACAUGUCACCAAGAGGACGCCGUUGCAGCUCGUGCUCUGGUUCAUCACACGCUUGGCUAUCGUUGCCUUUGCUGCAUUUCUGUAUAAUCAGGUUACCCAGAAGAUUCAUCUUACACACGUUGACGGGACUGGCAUUUUAAUCAACCAGUACUUGGAGAAGUUUGUUGAGGCUUGGAAACUGUACCAGGCUUGGGUGCACAAGUACGAUUUGGAGAUUGUGGACCGCAUUGUUGCUUGGUCGCUGGAGGGCUUCCUGUUGAGCAUAGUCGUGCCUGUUCUUGACAAGGUGCUUCCUAGCUUCUCCAGGAGACUCCUCCUGUCCAACCCCAAUCCAUAUCACAGAGGCAACUUGGCGAAUGACUUGAUUCGUUCUCUGAUUACCUUUUUGGGUAUUACCUACGCUAUUAGACACAUUGAGUGGAGCUCACUGCUUCAAAUGGCAAUGACAUGGUCGCUUGUUAACCCUGCAUUGUGGCUUUUGCUCGACGGAACGAUCAACGGGUUCCUUGCAUCCGCCACCGUUGCCUUUGUUGCAUCCGCCAUUAUCUACUACCAGAAUCAAGGUGUUGUUGUGUUGGAUCAGAACAGUCUAAUUACGAUCUUCUUGUACGUGGGAAGCUUCUUUUUCUGUGGUGUCAUCAUUUUCGGCAAGUUAGGCCGCUUUUUGUUUGGACCAAAAGUCUAA